CCGGAAGCGGAUCGCGUGGAGUGACGGUCCCACGGCAGCGCGAUUGACUUCCAAACACUCUUGGUACAUGAGGAAGAAACCCGGAAGAGGAAGAGGAAAGCAAAGGAGUCAGGGAUGGCUCUUCCUCAGGGUCUAUUGACAUUCAGGGACGUGGCCAUAGAAUUCUCUCAGGAGGAGUGGAAAUGCCUGGACCCUGCUCAGAGGACUCUAUACAGGGACGUGAUGUUGGAGAAUUAUAGGAACCUGGUCUCCCUGGAUAUCUCUUCCAAAUGCAUGGUGAAGGAGUUCUUGUCAGCUGCUCAAGGCAAGAGAGAAGAGUUCCACACAGGAACAUUGGAAAGACAUGAAAGUCAUCACAUUGGACACUUUUGCUUUCAGGAAAUUGAUAAAGAUAUUCGUAACUUAGAGUUUCAGUGGCAAGAAGAUGAAAGAAAUAGCCAUGAAGCACCCAUGACAGAAAUCAAAAAGUUGACUGGUAGUACAGACCGAUAUGAUCAAAGGCAUUUUGGAAACAAGCCUAUUAAAGAUCAGCUUGGGUCAAGCUUUCAUUCACAUCUGCCUGAACUCCACAUAUUUCAGACCCAAGGGAAAAUUGAUAAUCAAGUUGAGAAGUCUAUCAACAAUGCUUCCUUAAUUUCAACAGCCCAAAGAAUUUCUUGUAGGCCCAAAACCCAUAUUUCUAAUAAUUAUGGGAAUAAUUUCCUGAAUCAUUUGUUACUCACACAAAAACAGGAGGUACACAUGAGAAAAAAGUCUUUCCAAUGUAAUGAGAGUGGCACAGCCUUUAAUUAUAGCUCACUCUUAAGGAAACAUCAGAUAAUCCAUUUAGGAGAGAAACAAUAUAAAUGUGAUGUAUGUGGCAAGGUCUUUAAUCGGAAGCGAAACCUAGCAUGUCAUCAUAGAUGUCACACUGGUGAGAAACCUUACAGGUGUAAUGAGUGUGGCAAGACCUUCAGUCAGACGUAUUCCCUUACAUGCCAUCAUAGACUUCAUACUGGAGAGAAACCUUACAAAUGUGAAGAAUGUGACAAAGCUUUCAGUUUCAAAUCAAACCUUAAAAGACAUAGGAGAAUUCAUGCUGGAGAGAAACCAUACAAGUGUAAUGAAUGUGGCAAGACCUUUAGUCAGACGUCAUCCCUUACAUGCCAUCGUAGACUUCAUACUGGAGAGAAACCUUACAAGUGUAAUGAGUGUGGCAAGACCUUUAGUCGAAAGUCAUCCCUUACAUGCCAUCGUAGACUUCAUACUGGAGAGAAACCUUAUAAGUGUAAUGAGUGUGGCAAGACCUUUAGUCAGGAGUUAACCCUUAAAUGCCAUCGUAGACUUCAUACUGGAGAGAAACCUUACGAGUGUAAUGAGUGUGGCAAGGUUUUUAAUAAAAAAGCAAACCUUGCACGUCAUCAUAGACUUCAUACUGGAGAGAAACCCUACAAGUGUACUGAGUGUGUCAAGACGUUCAGUCGAAAUUCAGCCCUUGUAAUUCAUAAGGCUAUUCAUAUUGGAGAGAAACGUUACAAGUGUAAUGAGUGUGGCAAGACGUUCCGUCGAAUUUCAGCUCUUGUAAUUCAUACGGCAAUUCAUACUGGAGAGAAACCUUACAAGUGUAAUGAAUGUGGCAAGGGUUUUAAUCGAAAAUCACACCUUGCAUGUCAUCAUAGACUUCAUACUGGAGAGAAACCUUACAAGUGUAAUGAAUGUGGCAAGGUUUUUAAUCGAAAAACACACCUUGCACAUCAUCAUAGACUUCAUACUGGAGAUAAACCUUACAAGUGUAAUGAAUGUGGCAAGGUUUUUAAUCAAAAAGCACACCUUGCACGUCAUCAUAGACUUCAUACUGGAGAGAAACCCUACAAGUGUAACGAAUGUGGCAAGGUUUUUAAUCAAAAAGCAAACCUUGCACGUCAUCAUAGACUUCAUACUGGAGAGAAACCUUACAAGUUUAAUGAGCGUGGCAAAGUUUUUAAUUGAAAAGCAAAGCUUGCACAUCAUCAUACAAUUCAUACUGGAGAGAAACCUUACAAGUGCAAUGAGUGUGGCAAGACCUUCCGUCACAAUUCAGUCCUUGUAAUUCAUAAGAAUUCAUACUGGAGAGAAACCUUACAAGUGUAAUGAAUGUUGCAAAAUUUUUAAUCAACAAGCACACCUUCCAUGUCAUCAUAGACUUCAUAGUGGAGAGAAACCUUAGAAAUGUGAAGCAUGAGACAAAGUUUACAGUCACAAAUCAAGCCUCAAAAGACAGGAGAAUUCAUACUGGAGAGAAAGCUUACAAAGGUGAAGAAUAUCACAAAGUGUUCAGUCACAAGUCAAACGUUGAAAGACAUAAAAUAAUUCAUACUGGAGAGAAACCAUAAAAUUGUAAGAGUUUGUGACCAGGGCCGGGCGUGGUGGCUCACGCCUGUAAUCCUAGCACUUUGGGAG